UUCAGUUGAGUUCAGUUCAGCCAUGAUGAAGGGCAAGAUCGCCGCAACGGCCAUGUCCCUGCUCCUUCUCCUGCUGCUCACCUUCGGUGCUGAGGCUGAUCGGUGCGAGGCGGGCAGCAGGACCUAUAAAGGACGCUGCAAUAAUAACAACUGCUGGGCCGUCUGCAUGACCGAGGGGAACACCGGCGGGUUCUGCAAGAGGAUGGGGACCAAGUGCAUGUGCACUAGGGAGUGCGGCGGCGGCGGCGGCGGACCAAAACCCCCGCCCGGCGGUGGGGGUGACCGUGACCCACCGGUCCUGGCAGGGGGUAACAACCAAGCCCUGCUGGGGAGGAGGGGAGACCAUGCAAGAUGAAGAGCUGAGAGAGGCGUCUCAACCGUUGAUUGUGUCAUUGUGUGUGAUGGUCUAACUCUUUUGUGCAUGAUGUCUUGAGAUGAUGGCAAUUGUAAUAAAAUGGUUUUGUUGCUAGUACCGAGUGAUUUUGGCU